AUGGCAAAAGUGAAGUCGGCCCACAUCUUCCUUGUGAAGGACCCUCAUUUGUAUCCUUUGGGUUCCCUUCUUUCCACCAUCACCAAUUUUCUCAAAUCCUCCCGAAACAGGGGCUUCAGUACCACCUCAACCACCCCAUACUCGAGCUCCAAUAACAGCCUUCUGACCAAUUACCUCACGGAAUUUCUAAAUUACACCCCACACGAAGCGGCCGCAAUAUACAGCCGGGUCUCACCAAGACUCUCCACACAAAAACCCGACUCAGUCGUCCUCUACUUGAAAUCCCUCGGCCUCUCCACUGCCCAUCUGCAGAAAGCAAUCAAACGCCAGCCCAUGCUCCUAUUCUUGGAUGUUGAUAAGAAUCUCAAGCCCAAAAUCGACUUCUAUCAAGAACUGGGCUUGCACGGGCCCCACCUGUCCGUUCUCAUCUCCAAGAACCCUGGCCUCCUGACCGGCAGCCUGGACAGAAGGCUAAAACCGAGCAUCGAAGCUAUCAAGAAAGUCCUCGAGCUCUACCUGAGCUUGAAGAAGGACGAAACUAACCUUCUCGUUCUCCGCAUACUCUCGAGGUGCGGCUUUAUUGUCAUGAACGGGUCGAGCCUGGAAUCCAAUAUGGCCUACUUGAGGAGCUGUGGGGUCUUGAGAUCUCAACUGAUCAUGCUUCUGAAAAACGAGCCUAGGAUGUUCUCCUUGCCGGGGGAUGACCUGAAAGGCCUUGUCUCACGGGCUUUCGAGAUGGGCUUCAAGACGGGCUCGAAGAUGCUGAUCUACGGUGUCCUAACCCUCUACAGCAAUAAUCCCAAGACUCUUGGGAGAAAGUUUGAGUUGUUUCGGGAGCUUGGCUUCACGAGGGACGAGUGUGAUUCGAUGUUCUUGAAGUUGCCUAUUCUUUUCAAGACGUCUGGGGGAAAGCUGAGGCGUGGGGUCGAGUUCUUCAUGAGGACUGUCGGGUUUGACAGGUCGAUUCUGGUGAGGUCACCUUCCCUUUUGACGUAUAGUGUGGAGAAGAGAAUGAUGCCGAGGCUUAGAGUGACGGAGAUGGUGAAGUCCCGGGGGUUGAUGGAGAAGGAGCCAAGUUUUGUUACUGUGUUGCAGAUGACAGAAAAGAAGUUUCUGAGUGUUUAUGUGUGGAGAUUCAGUAGUGAUGCCCCAGAAUUGGAGGAGCACGAGAUCAUCGCCAUUGACCAGGGCAACAGGACCACGCCUUCGUAUGUCGGGUUCACGGACGAGAGGUUCAUCAUCGGCAGACGCUUCACAGAUGCGUCCGUGCUGGGCGACAUGAAACUCUGGCCAUUCAAGGUCAACUAUGGUCUCGGUGACAAGCCCAUGAUAGUUGUUAUCUACAAGGGCGAGGACAAACAAUUUGCUGUAGAGGAGAUUUCCUCAUGA